UUGAGUAUGACAUGGUAUCGUCAUUGAGCACAAGUGGAUCACACACACCGGCUCUAUAAAUAGGCGCGCAUCCGCAUUCACAAACCAGACCAACACCAUCGAGGUAACAUAGCAUCCUCAUCGCUUCGAUUCAAGCACCAAUAUAAUGGCGACCAAGGUUGGCCCGUUCGGCAGUGGAGGAGGCAACAGCCAAGACAUCGACAGCGACCAAACGCCUGCUAGCCUGAAGAAAAUUGAGAUUUGGAGCGUCAACGGCUCCGGAGGGCUCAUCAACGCCAUCUCCUUCACCUACGAAACCGUGGGGAACGACGACACAAUGAGCGCUAUAUGGGGCACGGACAAGGGCGUCCACAACAGGAUUUCCAUCCCGUCACAUGUGUAUGUGACCAGGCUGUCCGGCAAGUUUGACAGCAAUGGUGUCAAGUCGUUGACUGUCUUCACCAGUGACGGGACAACAUACGGGCCAUAUGGCGAUGCUGCGUCUGGGAAGGACUUCGACAUUCCGGUGGUGAAGAGCGCCAUUGUCGCCUUCUUUGGACGUUCCGGCCAGGUCCUCCAUGCUGUGGGUGCUUAUGUUGUUCCCAAGUCCUGCUGAAGGGUCAUCAUGGAACCCUUGCUGGUCGCCGGAGUGCAUGCUGGCCAAAGUUUGCUGUCUGGAGUCAAAUAAAAUAAAAUAUGGACCCUGAAUUUCUGAACUCAGUAAAAACUGCUUGCAGUCUCUGCUGUGUGCGAUGGGUGGUUGGGUCGGUGGGAAGGAUUAGAGGAUAUGAUCCAGCUCCUCCGUUUCUACGUGUGCUUCUUUAUUUAAUUUUAAUGUGUGGAUGUUUCUUGCUUGUGUUGUCCCAAAUGCCUUUGCUUGUAAGCAAUAAAAGUAUUGGAAGCUAAGUAUUUUCCU